UAAAUAUUACAUUGUUAGUGAAAGUCCUUUGCCUAAGGAUCCAGAAAUGUUUCCAACUUGGCCUUCAAAAGGUGGUGGUGAAAGACGUAAGUCUUUUGUAAGUCCAUCAGCUCCAAAUGUUGCGCAUGGAAUCGGUGAAUUGGAUGAAGAAGAUCAAGCAUUUCUAGGAUCUAUUUUUGAGAAUCAAGGUGGAAAUGAUUAUG